GCCAAUAUGAAAGCACACCACUGAGGACAUUUAUUGCACACGGAACACACUCUACUUCAUUGUAAUCCAGUGUGCACUAGAGCUGUCUUCAGUGACUACAGCCCUGCUACAGGUAUGCAGAAGAUUUGUCACCAGGCCAUCUAUUUUUGUAUAUCUACGUUAUGACAGUGUGGCUCUUUCCAUACAGCAGUUAUUCCUCCUCUUUGAGCGCCUUUGUUUGAGCGUUUGCAUGUGUGUACGUGUAUCUGAGUGUGUGUCAAUGUAAGGGCGUGGAUAAUCAGGCAGUGGACGCAGCUAAGCGAAACACUGACACUGCAGUAAUCACCCGUGGCAUUUUUUUUCUCCCUUUUUUGGCAUUGUGGAUUUCUCUUGAGUGGACGAUUUACAAAUCCAUGUCUCCUGGACCUUCCUGAGGUUGCUUGCUGUGGCUGGAGGCUUCAUGGCUUCAGGCGGAGCAGAGGAAGACGAUGGAGGCAUUCCAUUGGACAUCGACAACGUGCACAUGCUCCUCCAAGUGGAGCAUGAGCAGAUUCAGAGACGAACAUUCACCAACUGGAUAAAUGCUCAACUGGCUAAGAGAUGCCCCCCCUCAUUUGUGUCAGACCUCUUUUCCGACCUCAGAGAUGGAUCACAGCUGCUGGACUUGUUGGAGGUGAUGAGUAGCCAACCUAUGAAAAGACAAAGGGGCCGAGGGGUUUUCCAGCAGAGGGCCAACAUUGAGACAGCACUGAACUUUCUCAAGAAAAAAUCUAUCAAAUUGGUGAACAUAAACAUCCCAGAUAUCAUAGAUGGACGACCCUCCAUCAUCCUCGGACUCAUAUGGACCAUCAUCCUCCACUGUCAUAUUGAAGAGUUGGCCAGCACUCUCUCCUACAGUUCUUGUCAUUCCUCCCUCGACUCUCUGGCCAGCCUGGACUCCUGGUCCGGCAGCCCAGUCCCACCUGGUCCGGCCCCUGCAGGCCGGACAUCGCCUCUCCACAGACGCUUUCGACUAUCUGCCAAGAAGGCCCUGCUCAUGUGGGUCAGGGACCAAUGCCUAAAGGUUGGUUGCUCCAUCAGUGUGAAGAACUUUAAGUCGAGCUGGAGAAGUGGAGAGGCCUUCUUGGCCAUCCUGUGUUCCCUCAGACCACAGCUGGCUGAUCUCUCACUGGUCCAGCUAAGAAGCAACCAGGAGAACCUGGAGGAGGCGUUUCACCUCGCUGAGAGGGAGCUCCACAUCCCCCGUCUGCUGGAGCCCCAGGAUGUUGAUGUUAAAGACCCCGAUGAGAAGUCCAUUAUGACUUAUGUGGCCCAGUUUCUACAGUACUCUAAUGACAUGCCAGCACCCGAUGACCAUCUGCAGCUGUUUCCUCUGGUCCAGCCCUUAUCUCUCUCACCUGUGAACUUGCCCGCUCACUUCACUCCAGCAAUUGCUGUCUCACCAUUACGUCAGGUCUCUUCAAGUGAGCGAGCACGAGAGGUGACUUCCUGGCUGCAGCAAGCCUACCAGGAACUGUCAGAGGCACGGACGGCUACAGAGGAAUCAAGCUAUGCAGAAAAAUACCAUGUGUUUCAGAACCUCGCUGGCUCCUUCACUGAGCAAAGGAGACCAGUGAUGACCCUCCUUGCUGCCACAAGACGCUGCCCUGAGCUGAGCCUAGAGCAGUGUGCGCUCAGGACAGCGUGGGAUCGUCUGGAAAAGGAGCUGCAGAGAUGUAAAUUAGAUCUGGACUCGAGCCUUCCUCCUCCUCUGGACUCAGUCGUUGUGUGGCUGCAGCGUGCGGAGGCAUCGCUGACAGAAGAGGGAGGAAGAGCGAAAGAUCAUGCAGAUGCUGCUAAAGAAGCGAGAGCUCAACAAGACACACAAAAGACUUUCAUUAAGGAGAUGAGCCACUUCGUCACUAUCCUUGAUACCUUCCACAACAUGGAUGACUUCGGAAAUGUAGUCGUGCCCCUUGAAAAGUUUGAUGACAUAAAAAGACGCUUAACUAAUAUCCGAGUCACAGCCAAGUAUCGAGGGAUCAAGUUGGAAUUCCAGGAAACCCGUCACACUGUACUGGAUCUCCUGGGCCACAUCAGUGCGAAGGUUUUGACCUGGAAAGCUCCCUACCGAUCCCAGGAGGCGGUGCUUCUGCUUCUGCAGGACUGGCAUGAAACGGUGGAGCGCCAUGGGCUGCUUUUAAUUCUGAUGGGCGCUCUCCAGAACCUGAAGGAGAAGGCGAAUACUUACACCAGUAAGGCAGCACUAGGUGAGGAUUCCCAGCUUGUUACCCGUCAGGUGAAGGAAGCAGAAAGUGAAGCUGAGCUGGUCACACAGGCUGUGACGGCUGUGAGAGGGAUGAUGGAGAGAGCGGUGUCUGCUUGGGAAGCUUACAACAAGUGCCUUACUUCUCUACAGACAUGGCUGGCACAGAAGACACUUUCACACGCUCAGUCUCCUCCUGUGGGGACACAGGACAUGAGUGAGUGGACGACAUGUCAGGCCAAGUUGAACGAGGCGGGGAACGUGCUCAUUGAAGUGACAGAAUCGUCAACCAGCCUCGCUCUGGCCGAGCAACUCGGCAAGGUCAACAUGAAGUGGGCUGAAUGCAUGAAGAGGACAAAGUUUGAAGUAUCAUCGGAGCCCAGUGUUGGUCCCCUGUGCCUUCAAAUGGUGCAUUCACUGACCCAGGAGGCCAGCAGGCUGCUGAGGCAGCCUCUGGAGGUGGCCUCAGUCCCACUGAAGGCUAACAGGCAGAAACUACAGCUACUGAGUAAAAAGAUGGCCGGGAUGGAUCUUUCAUCUCUCAGUCCGUCCCCAUACAAUCAAACAAGGAACUCAGAGAACCUCCAGCAAAAUCUCCCACAGAUACUUGAUGACGCAGAGAGGACCUGUGGAGAGCUGCAGCGGGCUGCAUCCAGGCUGGAGGGCCGUCUGGCUGAGCUGGACCGCUGGAGCACAGAGGCUAUGGACUGUCACCAGCACCUGAGGGAGAAAAGGCACGGAGGACGCUCUGCAUUGGAAUCUGCAGCCAAAGUGCUGAUCUCUCGAGGUGUGCAGCUGGAGAACGGGGUUGUAACUGAGGGACGGGAUCUGCAGGACCUUGUGGCACGAGUACAGAAAACCUCUCCUCUGCAGCACCUCAGUACCUCUGGCACGCAGGACAGGAUCUCAGAGGCAGUCUCCCACUGCCAGGAGAUUCUUGUAAUGUUUAGUUCCCUUGGGUUUCUGCAACAUGUCAAAAAAGCCCAUCAGACACAGAGACAGCCAGAGGCAGGGUUGUUUGUUGUGGCCAAAACCAAACAUGUAGACCAGAUUGGGAAUGUUAUGCUAACCCAGGACCCAAAUCUGGUUUCACGGGAGAUUUCGCCUCAACAAAGGACAAGAGCUCUUCACGCUUGGCCUAAAAAGCAGCACCUGAACACACAGGAUGAAUCCACCAUUGCUAAUCCCCGUGUUGAAAUCCAAAUGCUGGCCCGGCCGUUGAGGGAACCAAUACCUCAUAUUCACUCUCCUCUUGCUCAAACUGUAAAAGAAGCUGAACCCGAGCCCAUGAUCCAGCCUCAGUCACUUUCCAAGUGUCACGCUCAAGCUUCAAGUCGGAGUCAAUAUGAUCAACUUCUACCUGCUUUCAUCCAAACUCCUGCUGGACCAAAGUGUCAAAAAAGUCCAGUUCUGUCUAAACAUGUGACAAGUCCAGUCCCAGAGGAGGAGGAAAGCCCAGCUCCCUCACAAACUCGUAUAUCGAUAUCUAGAAUAAGAGGGCAGCCAAACACUGUACAGAGUGCUAAAACAUCUCCACAGCCACCGGUUAUGGUCCGCAGUGAGGUUCAUUCAAAAGCCCAGUCAAUGGCAAGGAGCAGACUGGAGAAGGCCAGGUUUCGUCUGCAAGGACGCAUCCAGCAAGCCAUCAAGUUAUUCGGUGGCAAAGAGAUUUCAGAGUCGCAGGCCAAGAGGAAACAGAGAGCUUUAAAGAUCCUGCAGCCUGCCAUCCUCGAUGAGUUCCUGGGUGCUGUCGAGGGUUUUGGGGCCUUUUGUACUGGGCCCCAACUCCAGGACGUGAUGCUCCUCUCUGACUCUGUCAGAAAGCAGUGGGAGGAUGUACGCAGAGAAAUGGCCGCUUUUGUUCCCAUCUUGUGGUCUAAGAUCAGAGAGGGAAAGCAUUCCUCUUCUGUUGUGCAAUGUGAAACGCAAACUAACGCUCUGCACGAAGCCAAUGACCAGACUGACCAUGACUCUUUGCUACAGCAACAGGCCGUCAUGGACGGAGCUGCAACUGUUGAGGUUGAUUCACUCCAAGAGCUGUGUGAAACACUAACACCAGGGAGGUCCUCCUGCCUAGCAACAGAUCAACUGAAGGAGUCAGAUGAAGAUCAGGAAACACAACCCAGUGACACAAUGCUCCCCUCUGACUGGGGACGGCAGCUCCGGGGAAACACCCCGCUGAGAGCGACCGGCGUGUCGGCCGACACACAGCAGAGCAACGAUCUCCCACAGAAACAAAGCGUGGACAGACCACAACAAGACCUCUCACCUGUGUGUGGUGAGGUCAUCCAUCUGCAAUCUCAGGAUGUCCCGACAGAGAACGAGGAUGACCCGACACAACGUACAGGCUGCGGGUCGGCGAAAAAACUAAAGCCCUCACUUCUGACCAAAGAGCAGCUGCCGAAAGCUCGUCUACCGCACAUCACACAGAGCAACCAGCAAACCCAAGCCCACAUACAGGUGGUUGUCCGGGGUAACACUGUGGAGACCAAGCAGGAGGCAGAGUGGACCGUCAUCCCAGGGUCAGCCGCCCCCCCACAGGAAGAGCACUCCUCCGAACAGGAAGUACUGGAAAGGUACAGAAAGUCCUGCUUGAUAUUUCAGUUUCAUCUCCAGAAGAACAAGCAACAUUUGGAGGAGUUUAUUUCAGACCCUGUUACCAUCUCCACCCUGCAGAACCAAAAGAAGCAACUGCAGACUUUAAAACAGGAGACAGAGGCUCUAUGGUUUGAGUAUGAGCGCCAGUAUACCCAGCAACCCCAGUUCUCCCAUCUGAUGACCAGGGAAGAUAAGGGUGACGUGGAAGGAGACUGGGAGCAGCUGACUCAGCAGUGGAGAGGACAACAAAUGUGCCUCCAGAGCAGGAUGACAUCUCUGGAGAAUACUGCUGAUCUGAUGGCACUGAUCACAGAAAAGCUGGACCGGAUCAUCCGAGAGUCCGUGGACAUCUCCUCCUUCACCUUGGCUGAUCCCAGACUGGUAUCUGAUUUAAAGGAGAUGGAUGACAGACUGCGGUCUGAAAUGAGAAAGUCAACAGAGCGAGGCACUGACGAAAAAAUACAGGGGCCUGAAGCCACAUCCCCUUCAUCCCUCUGCCAGGCUUUCCACAACAGUGUCCAUCAUCUUGAGCAGCUCAGACAGCGGCUGGCGCAAGUUCAGUCAGCUGCCCAGGCUCUGGAUCACUUCCUGACCACAGUGAGGGAUGUCAGGGCUGAGAUCCCAACCCUGCUUGCAAACCAGGACCCCAGCAGACAGCCAAAUGAGGCAGAUUGGGAGCAAGAGACACACUCUUGGCAGGCAGCAAUGCAGCAGAGGUUGCAGACUGCCGCAAAACAAUCUGAUAGUGUUGACAGCACUUUAAAGGCAGUGGGGAUGACUCUGACCAUGGAUGGAGCAGCAGUGAUGUGCCAGGAUGUGGUGACAUCACUGUCACAGCAAGCCGUGAACGUAGAGAAAGAAGUGAUGAGAGCCAAGAAGAGGGAGAGUAAAGAGGAGUUAUUUCCAGUGGGAAGGGAGCAUACGUCAGAGAUACGUCAGACAAACACCGGGGAUGAUUCAACACAUCAGGGGGCAGCACAGGAGCAUGAGUAUCCCACUCCAAGUAGGACGGAAGAGGAGGUAGGGUUGGUGGCCAAAAGGAGUAGGCUGGAAGGAGAUGAUGAUGUUAUGACGUCACAAAGGGAGGAAGAGCACAAGGCUCAAACACGGACAUCUGACGGGGAUGUCUUAAAAGCUGAGGACCAGAGAAGAAGAAGAAGCAGCCAGGUUAAGAAAGAGGAAGAAGAGAAGGAGAGUUUUGUCCAGAGGAGAGUUGCCUUGUUAGGCACUCUGAAGGAGAUAAGGGAAGCAGCUGAGCUGCUGAGGUUACAGGAGCCCACCCUGCCUGCUCUGCAGCACAGGACACGUGCAUUGACAGAGCUGGAGAGUCAUCUUGCCGGCCACCUCGCUGAGCUGCAGCACAUACGAGAUGAAUCCUCACAAUCAGGAAUCCCUGAUGUGAGUCAAACCAGAGAGGGCGAGGACGCCUGGGAGGAGGCAACAAAAGCUGUAACUGAACGGCUGGAGCAGUGUUACGCCCUAACAGAGCUGCUGAAGAGGUUUCAGAGCAUUCGUGGGGAGUUGAGUGGGACACUGCAGAGGGCAGAAAGCACCAUCCGUGAACAAGCCUCCUACAUGGGGAAAGACAACCUGCAGAGACUGCACACCAAGGUCCAGGAAACAAAAGCAGAGCUGAAUGGUCUCGGGGACCGCAUAGAGGAGGUCCGCAGUGUGUGCAGGAAGCUUCACACGCAUCUGUGUCAGAUCCCAGAAUGCGUCACCAUCCCAUUUGAGGACGAAGCGGAUGCUCUCAUGGACCGCUGGCUGGACAUAUCAGAAAGAACAGAUUCCCACCUAGAAAACCUACACCUUGGCCUGACUCUGUGGGAUGGCAUCAUCCAGCUGGGAGCAGAGGUAGAGAGCUGGACCGCUAAUAAACUAGCAGUAUUUGCUCAGUCUCCGUCCUUCCAGACAGAGGAAGACAUCAGGGCCUUGCAGAAUGAGAUUGUGACCCAAGAAGAGAAUAUGGAGUGUUUCCACCGAAGAGUCGCUGAGAUUCAGGCCCUGCUUCAAAGCAAAGAGCCCCCUCUGGAGCUGCAGGUUGCGGAAACCCAGAUAAGGAAGAAGAUGAAGCAGCUGAAGGAGCUUGUUUCUGAAGCUGAGGACGUUUACAGGCAGAUGGUGGCUGCUAAAGGACAAAUUACUGCCAGGAUGGCGGAAUGCUUCAACUCCCUUCAGAAGAUUCAGGACUCCCUUCUCACUCUCAGUGCUUCAGAUAUUACAACAGUUCUUGCAAAACUUAAGGAUCUACUUUUUGAGCUCAAGACGCAGGAUGAGCAGGCAGAGAGUCUGCUGGAGGAUCUGCGUGUUAUGGCCUCCAUAGCGAGGCCAGACAGCCUGCAGAGUUUGUCUGCGGAUGGGAUUCGGCUGCAGGAUAAAGUCAGAAACACCCACCAGCUCUUCUCUGAGGUGGAAGAACAGACUCAGAGGAAUAUCCAGGCUCUCGACAGGCUGCAAAGCGAAGGUGAGCACUUGGAACAAUGGUUGCAAGGCGUUGAGGGAAAAGCAGCAAAGGAGGAUGAUCUUAGUCUCCUGCAAGAGGAAGCACUUCAACAAAGUGUAAGAACAGAAGCCCUGGAUCAGCUCGUGUCAUCCUUACGAAGCAGCACAUUUAAGCAGUCUGCUCUGCUGGAGGAGAGCAGCAAACUGUUGAAACGAUACCAUAACUUUCAAACCAACGUGCUGCGUGGCUCCGCGGAGAAGCAGAGCUCUCUGAGCAGGGACGUCGAGGUGUUUCAGACCCUUUCAAAGUCCACUCGAUCCUGGGUUGGAGAUCUGAGACAAACUCUUGACUCUCCACUUGGGGAAAACCUCGGCAUCCAGAGUCCCGCAGAGCAGCGGCUUCACCAUGCUCGAGCUGUAGCAAAUAUGGCGGCAGAGGGGGAGGCUCGCCUCGAAGAGCUCAGAGUUACUGGAAAUCGUCUGAGCCACAGACUGUGUGAUGGCGACGGCCUGAAACAGGACAUUCAGGGAAGCAUUCAGAAAACAGAGGAGCAGUGGAGGGACUUUCUCCAGUCGGCCCAGUCUUAUCACAGGGUUCCACAAGCUGAUCCAGACCUCACCUCCUCCUACCUGGACCGAAGACAGCAGGCCAGCUGCAGAGUGGAGGAGCUGCAACAGAGAACUGCUCAGCUCCCUACUUCAUUCCCCUGGCCCGGCUCGUCCGAGCGCAGACAAAUCUGCCAUCUAGCCCGUCAACUGCAGGAUGAGGCUGAAUCCUUGAAAUUAACUCUUACCAGCCUGGCUGAACAAAGGAGGGAGAUGGCUGAAGGAACCAGCGACGCCAUCUGGAAAGAUCCGUCCUUGGCUGAGCUGGAGACCUGCUGUUCAUCACUCAUGGAUGAGCUGAAGGGAGUGUGUUCCAGCCUGGAGGAAGGUGUUUGUAAUGAGGAACAUUUUGGCCAGUCACUGCAGGGCUGCCGCCAUAAAUUGACAUCCCUGCAGGAAAGGAUGUCAGCCUGUCAAGCCCAGAAAGAAAGCUCAGCUGGACUCAUCACUGAUGCACCAGCUCUGGAGGCUUUGCUACAAGAAGUAACCGACAUAGAAAAAGAGCUUUUACAAAUUGUAACACUCAAGGACUCCAUCACAGCCAGCUCCACAGCCGAGGCCCAGGCCAGCCUCUCCCAGCAAGUCAGCAACCUCCAAAACCAGAAGAGGGCACUAGACAGUAGCAUCAGAGGAAUUCUGGCACUGCUCACAGAAAACAGCAACCAGAGACUUCAACGAGUGAAGGGAGAGGUCACCUGUGUACAAACGGCUCUGAAAGACCUGGUUGAAAAUCUGUGUGGGAACUCUGAAGUGUUGCCUGAUAUCAGUCAGCUCAAACAGCAGUGGUAUACAAUACAGGACUGUGAUACCAGGCUGACAGAGUUGGGUGCAAGAGUUUACGACCUGCAGAAGACUGGAGAGUCCAGCAGUACACAAGAAAUUCCUCCUGCAGAUGUCACUUUGACUGUUGAUGCAGUUGCUAAAGACCUUGACAGCCUCAAGUCCAUUUUUCUAAAAAAGAAGCAGGCGUGUGCAGAAAACACAGCUAACAGAGUGGGACAGGUCAUCAACCAGCUGCAGCAUUGGAGACAAACAGCACAAGCUGAACUAUCAUCACCCAGCCAGGCAGCUCUUGAUGAGGGGUUGUGGCUUCAACAAGGGCUUCGUGAAGUGCUCACUGAACGAGAUCUUCUUCUUGACUGUCUGGGAACAAAAUUAACAAAGAAACUGGAGAGAAGUGCUUCCGAUGCUCUAAAUGAAAGCACAUCUGUACUCGAAACCUUAUCUAAAUGCCUGGUUUCACAAAUCAAUCCAUAUCGUUGUGAAGUGGAGUUGGACAAAGAUUUGCCAGGCAGAGUUGUUGAGGAAACUUUUAGAAGUGAAAGUGAUGCUUCACCUGAUAAAACUCUGGCCGCGUGUCCUCCUGCUUCUUCUUCUGCAAUAAACAGCAAGGAAAACGAUCAGAGUGACAACAAACCUAAAACCAAAGACACUUUGGAAACAACCAAAGAAGAUGUCACUAAUCAAUUCUCCUGCGCAGAAAUCCGAGAUGAUACUGGCACAUUGGACACUGAUAGCAAUCCUUUAAGCAGUGGGCUUAGGACACCAACUGGAAAUAACACUUUAAUGUCAGACUCACUUCCUACUCUCAACAAGAGUUUAAUAGCUCAGCGAGAGAACACUGAACCAUUGCAGGAAGACGCUGCCUCAACCCAGGACUCAAAACUGUCACUUAAAGACACAGACAAUAUGAAAGAAAUCAAUUCAGCACAAUGUGUCACACUUCUGGUUAGAUCCCCAGCAACAAAGCCUGAUGAUGUCCCCAUUUCUACCACUGAAAUUAUGUCUCGACGUCUAGCAGCCCAAUCGGAGACAUCUAAAACUGUUUCUGAUGCUCAAGAAAAGGAGAAAUACUGUGAGGACAUCAGUGUGAGGCCAAAGAAAGUGUUCACAAUAGUGUUGGACAUGGAGACGCCCGAGUUCCAGCUACAGCACAAUGUUGGAGCCAGCAGUCCAGAUGUACUCAGAUGUUCACAGGGGGCAAAGGUUUGCGAUGCACAGCUCACAGAAUUUUCAAGUAUUCCUGAGAAGAAAUGUGGAGUCUUUACAACAUUAUCGAGUCCUGAAUCAGUACGUGAAUUAGUACGUACAGAAUUGGAGAAGAUAAAGUCUACAAGUGCCACAUUUUUGUGCAAAGAAAAGUCAGAAAGCCAUGAAUUCAUGCAUAAUGAGGUGUUGACUUCCUCCAAAUCGUGUGGCCCUGUUGCUGGAUGUCAGCUCACUGGUGCACAUGCAGCAGAAACAACAUUUCCGGAUGUCAAACAAGAGGAGACGACAGAUUUCUGUCACGCUGAAGAGCAAACAAUGAGCUCAGUCUUGUGCACUGUGGAGGUAGAUGCCUUAACUGCAACACAAACACCUGCUGGUGGCAAUAAACAGCUCACUGUUGCUGACACUGCACAGAGUGCCGGACAGUUGCAGAAGGCAGAGGGAGAAAACACGGGAGAAGGAAGUGACCCUGAAAGCCUGGAGUCCAAACUUUCCAAAGUGCCAAAAAGACGAGUCAAAGCUACGCCGCUGUUUGAAGAGAGGGAAUGGAAGGUGCCUGCAUCGCUGGAGGACACUGAGGUGAAAAAGAGACAGCGUCAGACCCAAGAAAGCAUGGAGCCUGAGAGGACAGCGCCGAGUUUGGCACCUGAUCUGCCGGUUGGGGAGGCGAUAGGUGGAUCACCGGAGUACUACGAACACAAGUCCACCAUGCAGGAUGUUUUGUCUGAGAUCCAGAGCUUGGUGGAAAGCAGUAACAUUAUAAAUCGGACACCACACAUUGAUUUGAAUUGGUACCUGAAGUCCUCUCCUGGUGAAUCACAGAUUCGAUUGGUACGAACUGUCCAAAAAGUUCUGGCAUGUCGUUAUCAACCAGCACAACUCGAUGUCACUGCAAUGGCCAAACAACUGCAGGAGGCAGAGGACCACCGGCUCUGUGUGCAGGAGCAAGUGGCUACUUUGAAAAGCAUGAGUGGUGCCAGGAUUCGUGAUCCGGAUGCCUUGAAAAGAUUUGAAGGACAGUGGAGUGCUGCACUGCUGGAUGCCUCUGCCACAGUGCAGGUCAAAGCAGCACAGCUGGAUCAGGCCAAAGAGUAUCACAAACAGAUGAAGAUCACCAGAGCUUUCCUGGAGGUUGUAGCAGAGGAGAAGGACAAGAUGAGCUUAAGUACUUUGAGAAGCAGUGCUCUUCAAGCGGACAAACUCCGCCCCCUGCUGCAAACUAUGGUACAGAAAAAAGACAUGAUGGAAGACCUCCUCCAGAUAAGUAGCCAAUUCUCGGUCCACUUGAGCGACGCUGAGAGUUCAGGUGCUCUUCUUGCCCAGCUCGGAGAUGUCCAGGAGGAAUGGAGGCUUUUAGAAGGAGGCAUCAAAAGAGCUCUGCAACACGCCUCAAGCUCCGCCUCUCAAUCCUCUCUUCUGAUAAAAGAGGCCGAACAGCUUAAAGCCAAGCUUGACGCUCUUCGGCAAUCCAACUUUCAAAGGCAUGACAGCAAAGGCGCUUUAGAACUUGUUUGCCUGACCACAGACCUAAAACUGUACAACCAGCUUUAUCUGCACUUACAGUCCCAGACAGAUGCACUUGUCCAUUUCUCUCUGGGUCAGAAAGAAAAGGAUGAGCUCAAUCGUAGUCUUAAGGAACUUAGGUCCUUGCUAAAUGUCACCAAGAGCAAGCUUGACACUUCCACAUACAGCUGUGGCGGCAUUCCUUCAGCUAAGAUCAACAAGCAAUUACAAGACCUGAUCAUAUGGGCCAAGCAGGCAGAAAUCCACAUUUCUAUUGGCAACAAAUCAGCCCUUUUCCCAGAGGAGGCCCGUAUUCAGAUUGUUGAGAUGAGGAAAUUUCAGACAGAUAUUUGGUUUAGAAGAUCCAAGAUGCAAGUAGAAGUUGAGCAAAUGAAAGCUGGAGUCUCUGAUAUGGAAAAUGAGGAAAGUGACCAAAUAUUAAACACAAUACAAGACCUGUAUGAAGCCAUUUCUGACAGCUUGGAUCAGGUCCUUGACACCAUGAAGAAAAAUCUGCAGGAGAGGGAGAAACUGUUAUGCCAGCUUGCUAGCAUUGAUGCCUGGCUAGCAGAAACGCGUGCUGAAAGAGACCCCUGCGCUCAUGUUGACGAUGUUUCAAAAGCUGAUGUCAGAAUGCUGGAGAGCGAGCUAAAAAGUCACAAAUUAGCCGCAGUCGAGAUAGAGGGUCAACUAAAUCGGGUGGAUGCAAUGGCUGACAGUUGCGGGGAAAUAGCUGUAAGGUCCAGUCCAGGAGAGAGCCGCUACCUUGUCAACAGACUGUCAGGCCUUUGGACAGAAUUAGUCGGGUUGCUAGCUCAUGAGAAAGCAUCCAGCUGGGAAUUGGAAGAGCUGAUUCAUGAGCUAACCACUUCCGAUGAGGAGUUAUCGACCAUUGAGGCUAGCUUAAAACAAAUUUCCACUGAUUUGGUGCAGCAAAGGUUCCCUUUAACACAGGAAACCCUGUCAACAAUUGCACAUUUGAAGCACAUGCUAAUGGAACAUCAGUGUCAAGUACAAGGGCUUAAGCACUGCCAGGAGGCAAAGCGAAGCUCCCUGCUGUCCACUAUUGGGGAACUGCAAGACCAGUGCAAAGCUCUUAGUAUUAAUGCCGUUGAGCAAGACAAAUAUCUGCACCUGGGGAGACAACUGGAGGAAUCUAGGCACCUUACUAAAGAGCAAAUCCAGCGUGCCAAAGAUAAAACAAUCAGCGUGGGUGAGAGGGUCUUGCUAUGCCAAUCACUCUUGGUUGAACUUCCUUUGGUGAAGACACAGUGUCAAGAAGUGGCAGACCAGUUGGAAAUCAUAGCUCCGGAGUUGGAACCACCUGAGCUAAACCCGGAGAAGCAGAAGAUUCACCGCACUGUGGAAACAUUAGUCUCCUGGGAGCAUUCUGUCACAGAUGAUAUCAAAAACCUAGAGGCCAAGCUUCUACUAGGCCUGCAUUUUUCCUCCGAGCGUCUUGCCUUAAUAGAGCUUUUACAAAGAACAAGAGUGGAGCUGGAGGGAGUGGAACCAGUAAAUCCAGAUGAAAAAGCCAUAGAUAUUGCACUAACAAGGAAUUGGAUUAUUUGGAGACAUAUGGAGUCUGGGAUGCGGGUGCUGGAAGGUCUGGGACGGAAAGAAAAAAUGAACCUGAAGAACUACAAGGAACUGUACUCUCUCAGGGAUGCAACCAUGCAAGAGUGCCAUUUACGAAUGGAGGGUUUAUGCCAGGCGAGAGAAUCCCUGAAAGAUUACGAGUGGGCUGCUCAGGGAGCAAUAGGCUUCCUACAUAAUGCUGAAGCCACCUUCUUAUCAGCUCCUGGAGGGUUUUUGGACUGUACUGAGGAACAAAGACAGACUCAGCAGGCUCUAGAAGCUCUUGAAAAUGGAUUUCAGGCUCACAUCUGCCACCUUCGGGAUCUGGUGCCCCAACAACCAUGCCUGUCCCGCCCAAAGACUGAGCAGCUGCACAUCAGCAUCCUCAGUCAGUUGUUGGUGGGAAGAGCCAUACUGGAGGCCCAAGCCCAGCUCAGGCUGGAGUCCUUGCAGAGGUGUGAAGUAAGACAACAGAGCCACGGGAAGUGCCAUGAAGACAUACGUCAGCGUCUCUCAGGGUUUGAAGCCAAGCUUUCAGAAUGUAUGACAGAGCAAGUGACGUCGUUUGACAAAUGUAUUGCCCAACAAAAUAGAGCUAAGCUCCUGAUGGAAGGUCUUCGCAGCCUUGCGGGUAAGCUAGAAGAACUGAGAGCUGGAUGUCCGGUGCAGGGCUGUGGGGUUGGGAAGGACGGGGAGCUGGGCGCCCUCUGGAGGCGCUGGGUAUCAUUACGCCGAGCUCUCUGCCUUCUUAUGGCACACACAGAUCAGAGAGGAGAGGAAUGGAAGGACAUCACUAUAAGUAUGGAGCAGUGUUGCAGCUUUUUGGUCAGUCUUCAGUCUGAGGUUCCCAACUCCUCCACUGUGAGCUUCACUCAAGAGGAACCGCUGGAGCUUCUGGCUCAGGCUGAGAUGCACCAGGCUUGGCUGGAGCAGGAGCAGCAGGUCUUAGCCUCCCUGGAGCAUCGACUGGAGCACGCCCUGAGCUUAUCUAGUUCCCAGGAGCCCAUGAGCCCUGGACCUGUUGCCAAAACACUAGUGAAGAUCCAAGAGAAUGUCAGGAGCUUGAAAGAGAGAAACCUGCUGGUGGUAGCUGCAGCGCAGGCAGAGGAGAAAGACAGACAGCAAGUCCAAGUGGAGAUAGCAGAGUUGGAGGAACACAUGUUCACCCUUCUUCCCUCACUGGAAGCCUGUUCAAAUCCACGCAAACAACAGGAGCUCAGGAAGGAUUUGUUGUCCUCCCAGAAAGCCAAACUCAAGUGUAUCAUGGACGGCGUGCAGAGCCGGUACCCUGAGAUACCAGCUGAUGUCAGCAGACGGUUACAAGAAGUUCAGCUGUCUCUACAAAGAGAAGAGGAGAAGCUCACGGAGAAGAGCAACCCAGUUCGGCAGCUGGCUAGUCAAGUGGCAGAGUUGGGUGCUGGCCUGGAGAAAGUGAAAGUGUUACUGGAGCGAAGGAGUCCGACGAUCAAUGAAGCUCAAAAUGUGCUCAAGCACGUGUGGGAUGAGCUGGAUGCCGGGCACAGCCGCUUGAUGCUGCUGGAAAGCGAGGUGCAGGAUCUUGCAGAGGAGCAUCCUGAUCAAGCCCACCUACUUAUGGACCAACUCAACCAACCACUGCAGCUUUACCAAAACGCAGCGCAGAUGACCGAGCAACGCACCGCCUUCCUCAGCAAGAUCCCCGCCUGUCUUCAGGAGUUUGAAGACAUUCUGUAUGGAGGCACCUGCUGGUUAGACGAGGCCCAGUCAUGGCUCAGUGCGCCGUGCUCCUUCCCAACAGCCAGAGGCCUCCAGAAUCAUGCAAAAUCCCUGCAGCUGGUCCUGGACGACUCUCGGAGGAUCAGACAUACCCUGCAGGACUUCAGGCCAGUGCUGGAUGAGAUCUCUGGUGUGUGUGACAUCAGCACCCACAAGGAGAGGGUGAACCAGAAUGACCAACAAGUCCAGAAAAUGCAAUGCAAGAUCCUAGAACUGCUGGAGCAGCUCCUGCAGGCUGUUGGGGUAGUGGAGGAAAUAGAAGGGGAGCUGAAGACCAUGGAGAAGAAUGUCCCGAAGAUCAGAGCGAUUUUAUCCUCCACGGACGACUCGCACAUAACUAUGAUGGAGUAUCUUCACAACCGACAGGUGAUCCUGGCCAACGUGCAGUCAAUGCGGAGGACAUUGGAGGAGAUGGAGAGAUGCAAAGGAGAGCUUCACGUCCCACGGGGAGCAAAGGAGAGCCUGCUGGUCUUCUCCAGAGCCAGACUGCUCCUGCAGACGCUCGAGGAGCUGGAACAACUCACCAACCAACAAGCAGCGCAGCUGGAGAACAAGAUUAAGGAGGAGAAAGAAACAUUUAAGGAUCUUGGCAUCACCGCAGUCUCUCAUAUUCCUGAAGAAGUACAUCAGCUCGACAGAUCUCCACAAAGAUACUCAGUCCAGCAGGAGGCUUUUGAGUUGUCUAAUUCAGAGGAAGAGGAGGAUGAGGAAAACAGGAGUUGUCACUCAUCGUCCUCCGACACACUAACUAGCAGUAUUCCAGAGGACCCAGAGGAAACACUCAGCGCUUCAGAUGUGCAAAAUGAGGACAUUGCAGAAAUUAAGCUACUAUCAGAAGUUAAGGCACUGGAGAGUUCGGCUGGUCUGUUUUCCUCUGAAGUGAAGACGAGCUCUAAAAGUGCUGAAACCACCGGGCUUUUGUCUGAGAACCCAAGGCUUCAUACAACAGAGUCUGAAUCAGAAAAUGUUGAAACUGGAUUGAUGAAAAUGGAUUCCAUAGUUGGCGAAACAUUGAGUCAUGAAACUGUGACAAUUGAGCCACUCAUCGCUGCAGCCAGUCGAGCAGUUGAAGACGAGUUUACUGCUGGCGCUGCCAAACGGGACUCACCUGGAUCACCAAAACACGAAACUCUCGUCACCGACCCUCAUGCAAAGUCCCUCCAGGCGGCAGCUGCAGCGGAAGACACAAGACGGAUUCCUGCAAGACCUAAAACUCCAUUUACUGCCACAAGAGGAUCUGAUGGGUUCAUAGAGGAAGCAGAUGAACAUCUGUCUUCAUCAACAGCUCCACAUCAAGAUCUGGAUACUCUUAAUGUGCUGAAGGAGCGGAGAGAAGUCAGCACCAGUCAUCAAAGUGAUUUGCUGGAAGAAUCUCAUCAAGCUCAGGAGUCGUCUGAGGAGCCGAUCAGCUUGGCUGGACACGAGGAAGAUGACAAGGAGCAGCUAAGGUGGAGUCGGCUUAAUAUCCAGAUCUCCCAAAAACUGACCGCUUUGAAAAGAAUGAAGGAGGGGAAUCAAAUCGGCUCAGAGGAUGGAGGGACCCAUGAAAAGGAACCAGAAAGGGAGCCGAUAUCAACCGGGUCUGCUUCUGCUUUUCUCCAGCGGACACAUGAGUCCAUCGUCAUGAUGAGACAAAUAGUGAGCUCUCCAGGUGUAAAUGAGGAGUUGUAUGAGGCUGCACGGAAGGUCCUCCUCUGUCUGGAUGCUUUGACCGACCUCCUGUUAACUCCCGGUGAAGACGACCCCCAGCUGAGGCUGCUACAGCAGGAGUGUGUAUCAGCUGAGCUGGUGACUCUGUGUGAGAUGUUGAGUAAAGUGGAGUCGGGGACCAAACCUGCACUUUUGAGGGAAAGACCAGAAGCUCUCCGCUGUUUGACUUCCCUUCAGGAUUGUUUACAGAUGGUCCAGCUGGUCUCCACCUCAUCCCACAACCAGCUCAUUGAACAUCUGGGACACACAUACCAACAUCAGGAGCAUGCCUCCAACCAGCUGUUUAACUUGGACGAGUUUGAAGGAGGACGAAGUGAGAUGUUCCCCAGCAUUAAGAAUGCUCCCAGUUUGGAGCAGUGUGUGCUGGGCCGACAUCGGCGGGAGAGUCCAGGGGUAAAAGCCAAGCUACAGCAAGCUUCCCGGUCCUUACUUCAGGGGAUAACUCGCCUCCUGGAACUGGGUGAAGAAUGCAUAACAGAAGGGCAGAUGAGCCAUGUUGAUAACUGCAGCCAACUUCAAGCCGUUCUCUGCAGACACCAGAAGCUCCUGCGGGUCCUCGGGUCUCAGUUGGCUUUUGUGCAGCAUCUGUUCCAACGUGAGCCAGAAGCACUCGAGUGUCAAGAGGAUGAGCGGGUACAGCUGGAAGUCAGAGCCAAAGUUUUGCAGCAACAGGCUCUGGAACAGAAAGUGGCUUCUCAAAGGAGGAUCCAGGAGUGGACCCGCUGGGAGGAUCAUUUUGGUCGACUUGGCAGGCUGUUGGAUGGUUUUGAAGCCUUCAUCAGCAGCGGGGAACCAGAGGGAGACAACAUGAUGUUAGCUCAGCACCGACAAGCCGCCUGCCAGCAAACACUGGUCCAGCUGGAUGACAGCAGAGCUGCUUUAGGACUGCUCCUGGAUCAGAGGAAGGCGCUGCAGACAGAUCCAGAGUUUGCUGCCAGAGUUGGUCACGCAGGAGGCGCUCUGGAGCUGCGAUGGCUCGGUGCCUACAGGCGGACAGAGCAGGAGAGUCGACGCUGCACCGAUAUCCGGGACAGCCAGGACAGAUUCCAGACUGACUUUGCCUCGGUCAGUGAAUGGCUGGUUGGUGCCAACGAACACCAGAAGAUUUGGUCAAAGCUGGCUGACACAAACCAGGAGUGCAUUUGCAACAAUCUGAUUAAGCUGCUGGACUUCUCCAUGGAGACUGAAGCCAUGUCAGUCCAGAGGGCGUCUGCAUCCAGGGAAGCCGCUAAGCUGCUCCACCUGAGGGAAGCUGAUUGUCCCGGGCUGAGAGCUCAGCUUGCCCAGCUGGAGGGCAGCUGGACCCAGCUGACCUCUGACCUGUCCGCGAUACAAGACCGCCUGCAGGAGAGGCUGCUGGCAGCGUGGCCACCGGUAAAGCUGCUGUCUGACCUGGAGGACUGGCUGAAGAAGCUUGAGGCUCGGCUGAACCAGGAGAAAGAAACCGUCAUCAAGGCCAAAGAUGCUGCUCAGAUCACUGGAAUUCUGCAACACUACCAGGAGCUAAAGACAGGCAUGGUCAAUGGGCUGCUCCUUCUUGAUUUCCUGUGUCAGUCUGGGCCUCAGCCGGUGGGACCGGACGUCCGGACUCUCCGCUCAGAACGUACAGCGUUUGCAGAGAAACUUGGAGCCCUCGGACUGCAGUGGCUGCAUCUUCAGAGAGAGCUGGAGAUCCAGACUCGUGAAGCUGAAGAGAUGCAUUACACGUGUGCAGACAGAGAGAGGCGUUUACAGCGUCUUCACAGCUGGAUAGAACAGCAGAAAAAGCAGUUGAAUCAGUGGAAACAGCCCAGCAGUCAAACUCUGGCUCGUGAGGCUCUGCUGGAGUUGGAGGCUGUUGUGAGCAGAGUGAAGGAGGCGUCUGCAGCUUUGCAGGAGUUGAAACCCACAAGUGUGCAUGUUGAAAAGGAAGAGGAUCACCCUUGUGAUAUCGCCUUCUCCGUUCGGACAGAGAGUGUUUGUCAUGCUUGCGUGGAUCUUAGUCAACAGAUGGAAGCUCUGCGACCAGCUCUACGACAGAAUGUGGAGGAGUGGAGUUGUUUUGAGAGCGAUCUGAAGGAGGUUUCUACGCACACCACCAGGGUGCGCUGUGCUCUUCAGCAUCAGCCUCUGUUCUCACUGAAGCAGGCAGAAGGACACGUGGACCUCCUUGAGCAACUCCAGGAGAAGGCCAUAAAAGGAGAAAAGCUGUGGGCGUCCGUGGACCAAUCCUAUCAGAGUCUUGUGAAGACCCUUCAUCGUGGAACAGCACAGGCGCUGGACGAUCAAAUGAGUGGAGAGCGAAAACGGUGGAAGGACGUGGUGCAGGAGUUAAAGAAUGAGCACAUGAGGACUGGAGAGACAAUUUCUCUCUGGCAGGAGUACACUCGGCUGUCGGAUCAAUGCUCUCUUAACACGCAAACCCUGUGGCAUCUGUGGGAGGAGCUGCCGAGAUCUCCACAUCUGCAGGAAACAAAGGCCGCGGUUCACUCAGUGGAGACGUGGCAGAAUGCUGCUGAGGAUUUGCAAAGCAGUGUGGGAGAUGUGCUUGUGGCUUGCAAGCCUCUCAUUGAACGACUAGAACCACUGGCCACAAAUGUAGUCCAAUCAGAGACCAGGCUGCUGUCCCGUGAAGUCCUGCUGCUGAGCAAGGCAAUGUCAGCAAAAAAGAAAAGUCUUCAGGAAGAUUUGGAGCAACAGGAACUGUUUCAUACUGGACUGGAGGCCCUUGAAAAGCAGGCACAGAGCACACAACAUACACUGUUGACCAGGUUCAACGACGCAGACUCAAUGAAGCAGGUUCUCUUGGAACUCUGUGAUCUGUUUCCGUCACUGGUUGACGUCAGGGAGAAGAGUUGUUAUGUGACCCUUAACAACCAUGAGACGGAGAGAUUGCACGAGCUCGGCAGGCAAUGGGUUGAAAACAUGACUCGCACAUGUGACAUGAACAGAGAGCUGCAGGCUGACCGUCAGCGUUCCCAGAACUUCCAGGAGAAGUGCAAGCGCCUGACGUCGAUCCAGAAGGAGCUUGAGGAGGAAUCAAUGUCUAAAAAACCUCAAAGUUUCUCCAGCCUCCGAGAAAUGCUGACUGUCCAUAAGAGGCUUGAGGCUGAAAUCAUUAUUGGACAUCAGCUUGUGCAGGCGCUUCUCUGCCACGCAGUCGAGUCCAUUGAAACCGAGACAGGACAGACAAAAUCUGAGCUCAUGGCACAAGUUAGCCGUGUGAGGGACAGCUGGUUCAACUCGUUGGCUUUGGCUGGCCAGCUCAGGUCCUUGUUAAAAGAACAAAUGGGCUUGUGGAGAGUCUACCAUCGCGGCUCGAAACUUUUGUGGAGGCUGUUGAGGGACGUCGACCCUUUGCUGCCCCCUGCUGGACCUGCUGUGUGUACACUGCAUCGGCUACAAAGCUGCGCGGAUGAUUACCAGUGUGUUAGAGACGCUCUGGGUCUGCACUCCACCGUGUACUCCCAGACGCUGGGGGCUGGCAGACAGUUAUGUGAAACCAUGACAGAGUCCGAGUGUCAGAGCCAACUGCAGUCAGAGCUUCAGGCCAUACAGGAGGCCUGGGAACGAACCACCUCACUGCUGGAGAGGAGAAGAGACCUGGUCAGCACAGCUGUUCAGAAGUGGUCUCAGUGUCAGGACAUGAAAACCAAUAUCGCAUCUGAACUGGAUGAGCUGAACGCCAUGCUGAAACAGCCGCUGCCUGAGACACCGCAGGACUCUGAGGGCGAGAAACAUGUUCAGGAGACAGAACUCUUACUGCAGCGUGUGACCGGUGGAUUUAGGGAAUUGGCCACCAUGAAGACGGACCUGUCCCAGUACGUAGCGGCCGGUGACUCGGCUCUGCUGGAGCAGCAGCUGGAGCAACUCCACGGUCAAUGGGAAGAGCUGUGUAUGAAGGUAUCCUUGCGCCGACAAGAAAUUGCAGACCGUCUCAAUGCCUGGACCAUCUUCAACGAGAAGAACAAAGAGUUUUGUGAUUGGCUGACUCAGAUGGAGAACAAGGUGUGCCACAGCGGAGAGCUGAGCAUCCAGGAAAUGGUGGAGAAACUGAAGAAGGACUGCAUGGAGGAAAUCAACUUGUUCAGUGAGAAUAAAAGCCACCUGAAGCAGCUGGGUGAGCAGCUGUUGUUAGCCAGUGACGAGGCCAAGCAGACGCAGGUCCACGGCUCGCUGCAGGAGGUCAACCACCGGUGGCACAACCUCUUCCACCAGAUCGAAGCCAGGGUGAAGAAGCUGAAGGAGACUCUGGUGGCGGUGCAGCAGCUGGAUAAGAACAUGAGUAAUCUCCGCUCGUGGCUUUCUCGCAUCGAGGCCGAACUGUCCCGACCGAUCACCUACAGCGUCUGUCACCACCAGGAGAUCCAGAGGAGGCUGGCCGAGCAGCAGGAGCUGCAGAGGGACAUUGAGCAGCAUACGCAGGGCGUCGUGUCAGUACUCAGUCUGUGCGACGUUUUGCUGCGGGACGAAGAUGCUGCUGGCGGCACCGAGGCGGAGAGUGACUCCGUGCAGGAAACCAGCCACAGUCUGGACCAGCGUUGGAGGGCCAUCUGUGCCAUGGCUCUGGACAGGAGGCUCAGGAUCGAGGAGACCUGGAGACUCUGGUGCAAGUUCCUCGAUGACUACUCGCGGUUUGAGGAUUGGCUCAAGAUGGCCGAGCGCACCGCUGCCAAUCCCAACUCUGCAGACGUCCUUUAUACCGUCGCCAAGGAGGAGCUCAAGAAGUUCGAGGGUUUCCAAAGGCAAGUUCAUGAGCGGCUGACCCAGCUGGAACUAGUCAAUAACCAGUACCGCCGCCUGGCCAGAGAGAACCGCACUGACCGCGCCAGCCAGCUCAAAGCCAUGGUCCAUGAAGGCAACCGCCGCUGGGACAACCUGCACCGCAGGGUGGCUGCCAUCCUCCGCAGACUCAAGUAUUUCACCGGCCAAAGGGAGGAAUUUGAAGGCACCAGGGAGAGCAUGCUGGUGUGGCUGACCGAGCUGGACCUGCAGCUCACCAACGUCGAACACUUUUCAGAGAGCGACGUCCAUCACAAGAUCCAACAGCUCAAUAGCUUCCAGAAGGAGAUCACCCUGAACACAGAGCGCAUUGACGGGCUGAUAGUGUUUGGAGAGGGUCUAAUCCAGAAGAGCUCACUGCAGGAUGCAGCGCUGAUAGAAGAAGAGCUGGAGGAGCUGCACUCCUACUGCCAGGAGGUUUUCAGCAGACUGGUCCGCUUUCACCAGCGUCUCAGCCAGCCCCCGUUGAUCAGAGAAGAACCGGUGCUCUCUGGUACUACCUUUUCCUUGGAGUCGAGCUUGGAGCUGAUUGGCCGACCGUGGCUUGGGCGGAGCCAUGGAAGCCUCCCGGCGACGCCCACCCGCCUGCUGGCCUCUUCGCUGGAGCGCUCGGGGCGGGAGACACCGGUGAGCGUGGACUCCCUGCCAUUGGAGUGGGACCACACUGGAGACGUAGGAGGGUCGUCGUCGUCCCAUGAGGAUGACGAGGAGGAGGAAGAUCAUGAGGAUGGCAGAACUUACUUCAGUGCACUAUCAGAGGUGGAGUUGACUGAGAGCCAGGAGGAAUUUGUCGAAGCCCCGGAGGCCCUACGAGCCUCCUCACUGGUUUCAAGCAGGUCCAUGGCUGUACACGAGUGUCCAAGAUGGCGAUCACAGGGAGACACAGAAACACAGCUGGACUCAGAGGGCCACACUGAGGCUCCUCCCACCCUCACCAGCACCCCUCUAAAGCAGGGCUAUUUGCGUCUCAUGUCUGAGUGCAGCGGCAGCAUUGAGGACAUUAAAAGAGUCUCGCUGAUCCUGGAUGAUGAGGAGCAGCUGGAAGACCUCGGUCUGAGGGGACUGACUGCCCCAGACAAACAGUCAGGUGUGAUUGAACGCUGGGAGCUGAUCCAGGCUCAGUCCAGGAGCCCACAGGAGGCCCGUCAUCUCACAUCUGACCUCGACGACAUCACUUCCUGGUUGGACAAGGUGACUCCGGAGCUAGAGCACCUCCAGCAGUCCGACCCAGCAGCCAGUAUUGAGGACAUGGCAGCCAGAGCCACAGAACUAAAGGAGAUGCAGAGGGCGUUUACUCGCUACAAGUCCAUCAUGCUGUCUGUCAACCUGCGAGCUCGGGAAGCAGCAGAACUACAGGAGAGAGUGGCUGGCAUGAACCAAGGCUGGGGCCGAGCGUGUACAGGCCUCCAGCAGUGGGACACCAGUCUGAGGAAAACACUGAUGCGCUGCCAGGAGUUCCAUGAAACCCUCCAUUCCCUGCUGCUGUGGCUGGCCCACGCAGAGAGCAGACGCUAUGCAGUGGACAUCAGUGAACCAGCCACACCUGUUCGAGCCCUGCAACUACAUCUCAGCACGCUCACAGAGCUGCAGAAGGAGCUGCAGGGCAGGCAGACUCAGCAGGCCUCCCUCCAGGCUCUGUGGUCUCAGCUGCAGCCUGAGGACGAGGCCGAGGAGACCGACGAGGCCAAGGAGAAGCUCCAUGUGACGAGCAGCAAACUGAAGUGUCUGCUGAGGCAAGUGGCCCGCGACCUCAGCUCUCUUCAACAGCGUCUGGAUUGUGAAACUGCAUCAGACGUCCAAGGCCAAAGCGCAUCUGCAGAUCCAAAGAAAGGUUCUUCUACUCAAAGAGAGAAGAAAGGCUCGCCCCCGCCUCGUUCCUUCUUCUACCGGGUCCUUCGAGCUGCCUUCCCCCUCCACCUCCUCCUACUGUUUCUCCUGCUCCUCCCCUGUCUGAUUCCCCAGUCAGAGAGCGACCCCGGCUGUACUGGGGCCAACAACUUCGCCCGGUCCUUCUACCCCAUGUUACGCUACACCAACGGCCCACCGCCAACCUAACAGAAAUGUACUUAGGAAGAAGAUAUAAAGACUGAAAACAUAAUGAAAAUCACAAGCCACCUUUUUGCCACACCUGAACAAACAUGUAGAAAUGAUGUUAAGCUGAUGAAGUGAUUGUCUUCCAAAAAAGUUAUUAAGGGGUCUUUGAACAGAUUGUAUUUAUUUCACAAACAAAAUUAACCAUUUGAAUUUGGAAAACCACCACAUGUGAUGAAAAAUGCAGAUAUUGUAGUUUAAUAAUGGAGAGAUCUGCAGCCUCUUGGAGAUCUCCCUUUAAGGAGUGACACAGUAGAUGGGGUAUCUUGACACUUGUAGACGGGUAAAGCAGAAAACAUACAGUGUAAUAACAAUAACAGGUAAGAUACAUAUCUGAGAUACAGCGAACAUAUUCCAGUGAGUUCAUUCGAUAACGAGACGCUGGAAUUAAGAUGAAAAGAAAGAAUUUCCAAACAGCAUAAUAGUGACUGUAACAACUCCCCGUUAGAUUUUAUGAACUGUUGACAUUUAUUUUUGUAUAACCUGGCGCUUAAAAGAAAAUCAUGCAUAAUCUAUUUUUAUGUGGGAAUGAACUCUUCAAAAAGUUUAUUUUUUACAUCAAAGACACUUGUUAAAAUGUUAAUGUUAUCUUUAUGAAGCCUACUGUUGAAAAAUACAGCACUUUCAUACAUAAUUGUGUGAACAUGAUUUUUUAGAGGCUAUUUGUCUUGAGUUGAUCGUAAGUAGACAUGUUUAUGCCUCCCAGUGCACUGUUGAAACACUGUAGAUUUAGCAGGAGAACUUGUAUGUACAAAACGUAAAAAUACAAUUGUUAUUUAUAACAUCAAAUGGUUGAUGUAUGCUCCUACUUUUGUUAGUAAACAUUUUCUUAACUCUGUUUACUCAAAGUAAUUGUUUUGCCUAGAAUGAUGAACAAAUAAAAAUGUAAAUAUGC